UGCGCUAAAUUCGAACCCUUAACCUCCGAUUCUCCCACUCGUCAAGCUAUCCUUCCGGUUGAUUGCGCUGCCGUUUGUUCUAAUUCUGUGAUGCCUAUCGCUGCUAAGAUUAACGCUCUGUCUUGUUCACCUAUUGUUCCAAAUGCUUCGAAAUCCCAGUAA